UCCCUUUAGAUCCACUUUCUUUGAUUCUCCACACACACACACUCACUCACACUCACUCACACUCACUCACAAGCACACACUCGGCCAAUCUCAAGCCAAGGCAGAGUCUAGCAUUUGCACAUCAUCAUCAUACAAGCACUCCAGACAGAGACAGAGACCGAGAGAGAGAGAGCGAAGCAAAUCGAUGGCUACCACGGCGACGAGCACCGCAGCACCGCCGCCGACACAGCAGCCGCCAGUGACCACGACGACGACGACGACGACGACGACAGUGACCACGACGGCCGCUGCAGCCGGCAUCUCCAUCCACAUUGCGCUGGACGAAGCAGCGUCGUCCUCUGCUGCGUCGUUUUCAUCAUCUGGCCUCGGCAGCAACAAGCCAAAGAAGAGCUUUGAACGGGACCGAAGCGGAAGCCUGCUCAACAAGCUCGUGCGCAGACUCUCGCUCAAGCGACAUGGCGACUCGGAGCCGUCCUCACCCACUCACGCCCGCACUGGAUUCGACUUUGAAUCCGACUCGCUCGCCGUUGCCUACGGUGCUGGCGGAAGCGCAGACUCGAAUAGCAACGAGGACAUUGCAUCGGCGGCGUCGUCGUCGUCGUCGUCCUCGGUCUCGUCCGCGUCGUCGUCCUACGAUCCUUCCACCACUCAGUCCGUCCCAGACUCGCCCAAGCGAACCUCCGUCGCGUCCAAGCUCGUGCGGUCCUUUAGCUCCAAGGAAAAAGACCCAAACAAAAAGUCCAUGCGAAAGAGCAGCUCGUCCACCACUUCGCGCUUUCUCAACGGCGGCGAAGAGCCUCGCAAAGGGAAGAGCCCGCGCAAGGACGCGCAUCAGCCCAGCGCGCUCUCCAACGAGUCAUUAGCGCCAGCACAGCCGGCAACCGAGACAGCCGUCAAGGCUCAACGUCGCUUGUCACUGCCCUUGUCCUUGACAAAGGAGGGCGCUGCAGAGGCUUCCGAGCGGGCAGCUUCCCCAACGCAAGACCAGGCGUUCGGUCAGGUGUUUAGCUACAAAAAGUUGGAAAAGCUUGGAGAAGGCACUUAUGCCAUCGUAUACAAGGGCAUGAGCUGUAUCACAGGUGACUAUGUCGCACUCAAAGAGAUCAAGCUCGAGCAAGAAGAGGGCUACCCAUGCACUGCUUUGAGAGAGGUCACGCUUCUCAAGGAACUAAAGCACGCCAACGUUGUCACGCUGCACGACGUCAUUCCCGCCGAAUCAUCCCUGACUCUCGUAUUCGAGUACGUCCCGAUGGAUCUCAAGAAUUGCAUGGACAAGUCGCUUGGAUUUUUGGAUUUGUUCAACAUCAAGCUGUACAUGUUCCAGCUCUUGCGCGGGUUGGCCUUUUGCCACCGAAAGAAAAUUUUGCAUCGCGAUCUGAAGCCGCAAAAUUUGCUCAUCCACCACAACGGCGAGCUCAAGCUCUGCGAUUUUGGUUUGGCGCGCGCCAAGGGCGUUCCAAUCAAGACGUUUACAAACGAAGUGGUGACGCUCUGGUACCGUCCGCCGGAUGUGUUAAUGGGAUCGACCGACUACACUUCGUCCAUCGACGUGUGGUCGGCUGGUUGCAUUUUCGCAGAGAUGGUCGGCGGUCGGCCACUCUUCCCUGCCGCCAAUCCGACAGAGGAGCUGUUGCUAAUAUUCAAGACGCGUGGCACGCCAAAUCCUCAGAGCUUCCCCAACAUCGAGAAGCUGCCUGGAUACUCGACUUCCUUCCCGCAAUACCCAGUCCAACCUCUGUCGUCGUUUGCACCCCGAUUGAGCGCAGAUGGGUUGGAUUUGCUGGAAAAGAUGCUGCAGCUUGACCCGUCCAAGCGCGUGACGUGCGAAGAGGCGAUGCGACAUGGCUACUUUGCCGAUUUGCCACGAGAAGUUCUGACCCUUGUUGACAACAAAUCCAUCUUCACCAUUCCUUCCAUCAAGAUGAAAGGUCAUGUAUACCGACGAAGUAGCAUGCCUUCCAGCAAGCUCAACCGCAACAGAUCGAAGAGUGUGUACAACCCUCAAGAAUAACACUGUUUUGUUGUCUUUUUUUGGUUUUGUUUUUUUGUUGCUUUUGUCUGUUCUGCUUUUUGAUUGUCGGAAUUCAUUUUAUCACCA